AUGGCCCUCAUCAUCCUCAUGGCCCUCAUCAUCCUCAUGACCCUCAUCAUCCUCAUGACCCUCAUCAUCCUCAUGACCCUCAUCAUCCUCAUGGUCCUCAUCAUCCUCAUGACCCUCAUCAUCCUCAUGGCCCUCAUCAUCCUCAUGGCCCUCAUCAUCCUCACAGGCCCUCAUCAUCCUCAUGACCCUCAUCAUCCUCAUCAUCCUCAUGGCCCUCAUCAUCCUCAUGACCCUCAUCAUCCUCAUGACCCUCAUCAUCCUCACAGGCCCUCAUCAUCCUCAUGA